AACAACCAAAACCCCAUCUCCAAAUUUUUCUUCUUUUCUUCGCCAAUGGCUUCGAGCUCUUUAAAACAACAACGUCCCGAGGCGACAUGGACGGCCAAGCAAAACAAGCUGUUUGAGAAGGCGUUGGCUUUGUACGAUAAAGAGACGCCUGAGCGAUGGCACAAUAUCGCCAUGGCAGUCGGCGGGAAGUCGGCCGACGAAGUUAAAAGACAUUACGAGAUUCUCUUGGAAGAUCUCCGGCGGAUCGAGUCGGGCCGUGUUCCUAUUCCAAAUUACAGAGGCGCCCACAAUGGAGAUGAAGAGUUGAGGCUGCUGAAGUAUCUUAAGCUGCAAUGAACUGCCACUGCCGUCUUUCAAUCUCUCAUCAAGAACAAAUGGCUCACUACAAGAUGGAUUCAUACAUAUUUAAAUCUACAACUUUAUCUUUUAAUCCAAUAUUCUCUCAAAUAAAAGUGUACAAUUUUAUCAUUUUAUCA